AUGAGCGGAAAAGGGACCUUUCUCGCCCACCUGGCGGAGUUCAAUCUCGCAGAUCAUCUCCCCAUCUACACCCUCACCGAAGCGGCGCCCUUCUUCUGGCUCAGCUUCAUCUGUAGCUGGGCUGUAUGCUACCUUGUACACCUGGGAUCUGAUACGCGCCUACUGAGGAUGGCACUUUGGCCUGUAGCUGUUGGAGCGAACAUGUGGGGCGUGUUGACGUUGGACAUGCGAGGACAAUAUGCCACAUGGAACAUCGUCGGUCUGGUCUUUUUCAACGCAACUUCGGCCGCCAUCCGCUGGGGCACUGCUACAUCUCCUCCGACUUAUCAUCCCCUCCCUCGCCAGCCGCGCUUCCUUGCCCUUCGUCAGACGACCUGCUUGAAAGCCCUCAAUCUCAUCUUCGAUGAGCCAAGGCUCCUCACCGUCGCUGGCGCGUCUCUCCCUCCCACGCGCUCUCCAUACGGAUCAUUUCAUCAUAUACGACACCACCUUCUCCACUUCCUCCUCGCCUUCAUCUUCAUAGACUUACUCUCGUACCCACUAUACUACUUCGACCCGACCAACCUCGGUCACCCUCUCGCUACCUCGGCCGACUGGGAUCAAGGCAUCUUGACCAUAUCGAGCGCUUCCGGCCUGUCAAAAGCAGUCGUACUGCCGGCGGUGAUCCUCCUAGGAUCGGUGACCACGUAUCUCGGCAUGUCGCUGCUCUGGCAUGCAAACGCUGUGAUGUGUAUAGCUAGUGGGGUGUGGGUGCCAGAGGAGUUCCCGAAAGUGAUGGAUAGGCCAUGGCUGGCUUGUAGUCUGAACGAGCUAUGGGGAAAGAGGUAUCAUCAGAACUCCUUCCACGUCUAUACACGGCCAUUCGCUCGUCUUCCCCGCUACCUCUCCAUCUUUCGCAUCUUUGCCGCGUCGGCCAUCUACCACAUGCUCUGCUUUCACCCCCAACACCGUACCUACAAGGUAUACAACUUCUCCGCCAUGUUUCUCCUCACCGGACUUGGGCUGGAGGCGGAGCGGCAAUUUCACCGGUGGACAGGCAGGCGAGUCAGUGGAUGGUCUGGGAGGAUCUGGACAUGGGCGUGGUUCACUUUCUGCGGGUACUUCAUGAUGCGCGGUGUUGCGGAGAUAGGCUGGCUGGGCGGGAUCAGGCAGGUAUUCGAGGAGGACAGGCGGACGAGUCCGGUCGAGUGGGUGUUGUACCUUGCCGGCUCCAGACCCCAUCCUUCGCUUCCGCUAGAGCUAUCGACACGACUCCUAUAG